AUGGGGAAAGAAGCGUCUGAACUGUCAAAUUCUCCCACCAGCCCCAAGAGCAAGACCUGUGUUCCUUCAGCCUCUACAAACCGUAGAAUAUAUGUGUUACGAAAUAACCUACAUGAAAGUGGUAAGAAAGACCUUAUGGAGUUCAGGUGGGACAGACCUGAAAGGGACAAAGGAGUAUUAACGCAUUUCAGGGUUUACUAUCAACUACUGAGUCACAGUGGCACUGCUGACAUUUUCACGGAGUGGAACAUGAGCAAUGUUAAAUCCACCCUGAUGCUCUUUUCUCUCAGGGAUGUGCUUCCCAACCUGACAGUAAGGUUUCAGGUACAAGCCUUCACCUCUGUGGGUCCAGGACCUUUGUCUGAUAUAGCAGAGACAAAUUGAUUCGAUCUUUUCCCUGUCCCAACUCUUAUAAAUGUUUCUGCCAACAAGUUGUUUCUUACUGACAUAGACGAUAAUCAUACCAUAUAGGAACUUUCAGCAAAGACAAAUGUAAAGGACAUCUGUUAUACUGCUAAUGAUAACAAAGUGUACUAUAUCGUAGAAGAUUCUCUUUUUCUUCUGAAUAUACAGACUACUUCAAAGUUUCGGUUUUUCACAGAUGCGUAUCUUCACACUGCCACAGCCAUCACAGUUGACUGGAUUGUAAGACAUCUCUUUGUUGCCCUGAAAACACCAUGGAAUGAAACUCAAAUAUUUGUUGUUGAUCUUGAGCUCAAGAUAAUAUCUCUAAAAGGCUUGAACAUACAGUUGGGUAAAGCUAAUCUAACUGUAUCAUCUCUUGAGAGCAUCACCUUACCAGAGGGAGUUGAUUCCAUUAAGACAGUGGUUUUGUCUGACACCACCAUCAACAUACCUUGGAGUGAACCUUUGAAGCCAAAUGGACCUCUAGAAUCCAUCCACUAUCAAAUCUCUGUCAAUUUAUUACCUUCUGUCCCAGUGACACCCUUGCAAAAAAGUGAAUUUCCAAAUGGGAUGCUUGCGUGGUCUGUCAGUGGGCUCCAAUCCGGAACAAACAAUUUAUUCAAGGUUCUUGCUUUUCAUCCUGAUGAGAACCGGUUUUCUGAAAGUGUCCCUGUUACUGCAAAAUCUUUGACUCCACCUGCACCUGUCAACAUAGUUCCCAGAAAUACCAGCUUCCAGCUAGAAUGGAGAGCUCCUCUGCACAUCAAUGAAACCAGCUUCUGGUUUGAGCUGCGUAAGUGGCAAACAAAAAGUUACUGGUUUUCUCCUGCAAGCACUAUGUGCACAGCAGAUCUUGUUCACACAUGCAAUCUCACAGGAACUCUUCCUUCAACUAACUACUUUGUAAAAGUAACAGUAGUUCAUGUUACAGGAGUGAAAAGCACUUCCUCUUCAACAAGCUUUAAAGCUACAGCUGGUGUUCCCAGUAAGCCAGGAGUUCCAAAAAGAGCAGAAGACACUAAAAAUGUACAGUGGGAAAAGGCUGAUGACAAUGGAAGAAACCUGACCUACUACAUCUUAGAAAGCAGGAAGCAGUCUGACAACACCAGCAAAGUGAAGUCCUUGUGGGAGGUGGUUUACAACAGCUCCUGUGCCAGUAUUUGCACAUGGAAGGCCAAGAACUUAGAAGGAACUUUCCAGUUCAGAGUGGCAGCUGCAAAUGUGCUGGGUCUCGGUGAAUACAGUGACACAAGCAAGGAUAUCAUUUUGGGUGAAGAUCCCAUGAUCUCCCCAGACACCAUCAUUGCCAUUGCUGCUGUGAUCGGAGUUGUUGUGCUGGGCUUGACUGUGGUCAUACUAUUUGGUUUUGUUAUGUGGCUGAUAUGGCACCGAAGAUGGAAAUCCAGAAAACAGGCCUUGCCUGGACAGAUAGUGUUUGUCAAGGAAGACAAAGAAUUAGCUCAACUCAGGGGGACUGCUGAGACAGUGGGACUAGCCAAUGCCUGUUAUGCUACUUUGAAGAAGGGUGCGACAUACCACGAAAAGAGUGAAUUCUUGAAGGAGGCACACUUAAUGGGUAAAUUUGAUCAGCCCCACAUUCUGAAGUUACUUGGCGUGUGCCUGUUAAAUGAACCUCAGUACCUUGUACUGGCGCUGAUGGAAGGAGGGCAUCUACUUAGCUAUUUAUGAGGAGCCAGAAAGCAAAAGCUCCAGAGUCCCUUACUGACAGUGACUGGCCUCUUGGAUAUAAGUUUGGGUAUUUGCAAAGGCUGUGUCUAUUUAGAGAAAAUGUAUUUUAUGCACAGGGAGCUGGCUGCUCGCAACUGCCUUGUGUCUGAGAAGGAAUAUGAGAGCUCUUCCUGGGUAGUAAAGAUUGGUGAUUUUGGACUUGCCAGAGAUAGCUAUAAAACUUAUUAUUACAGGAAAAGAGGAGAAGGCCUACUCCCUGUCAGAUGGAUGGCUCCUAAAAGCCUCAUUGAUGGUGUCUUUACAAACUGCUUUGAUGUCUGGGCUUUUGGAGUCUUAAUGUGGGAAACAUUAACUUCGGGUCAACAACCAUAUCCAGGUUUCUCCAAUACAGAAAUUUUACACCAUGUACAAUCAGGAGGAAGGCUGGAAUCUCCAAACAAUUGUCCUGAUGACCUAUGUGAUUUAAUGACAAGAUGCUGGGCCCAAGAACCUCGCAACAGACCUACUUUCUCUUAUAUUCAGAACAAACUGCAAGAGGUAAGACGCUCUCCGCUGUCCUUCAUCCACUACCUUGAAGACAAAGAGACAGCAACUGGAGUCAUCAGCCAAGGUUUUGAAGAUAGUGAUGUUCCAUGUGCAGAUUCGGACAGUAUUCUUUCAGCCACGUGAAUGGCAACAAGGAAUCAAGAGGGCUUAAAUGAUUGGGUAUUAGUCAAAGAAGGCAACCAAGAUCAAGGAAACGUCAAUUCUGCUGAACUUAGUUAA